GUUCUCGCGAGAGCUUGUGAACGCUUCCUCUUGGUUGGAUAGCGGCUUCCUGGCCGGACUUUUUCCCCCCUCCUUUUUUUUCUUGGGGGAAUUUUCAACUUCUGUUUUCGCUGGUCCUCCGGGCAAAACAAUUUCGGACAGCAUUUCGCGGUUGGUCCUGUGGUUGUGAACGACAGGCCUGACUUGUCUUUUGCCGCCUUUUGUCUGUGGGAGCGCUCGCGAGUCAGAGGCCGUAUCGAAGAGACAUUCCAGCGAUGCACGCGCUAAAAUAAACUGCAUUUCGUGUACUUUUGCGCCUAUGGCAUUCGCCCUUUUUAUUUGACACCUUCAUAUUACUUGGUACAGCUUCUGGAGGCAUGACAGGGUGUUGAAAUUAGGGUCUUACGAAUCUCAGAAACUUCUAUAGCCACUGCGAGGGUUUGUGUAGCAAUUUGAAGGUUUGGAUGUCAGCAGAGACAACCUGGUUGUUCUCUUUGAAAUAGAUAGAUAACUAUGGCACCAAAAAGAAGACCGGUUCCCUUGAUUAUAACCCCCACAGGAGAAGGACAGUCAACCAACAUAGAUGCAGCAGCAGAGGCCAACCUGGAAGCCUUGCAGAGGAAGUUAGGGGAGCUGGACUUGGAUGAACAGCAGAGGAAGCGUCUCGAAGCUUUCCUCACCCAGAAAGCCCAGGUGGGCGAGCUCAAAGAUGAAGAUUUUGAACCCAUAUGUGAACUUGGCGCAGGUAACGGUGGGGUGGUCCACAAAGUCCGUCACAAACCCUCAAGACUGGUCAUGGCCAGGAAGCUUAUUCAUUUGGAAAUCAAACCAGCCAUCAGGAACCAGAUUAUACGAGAGCUGCAAGUCCUACACGAGUGUAACUCGCCGUACAUUGUAGGGUUUUACGGCGCCUUCUACAGUGAUGGAGAAAUCAGCAUCUGCAUGGAGCACAUGGAUGGUGGCUCUUUGGAUCAAGUACUGAAGGAAGCCAGAAGAAUCCCUGAAGAAAUUUUGGGCAAAGUUAGCAUAGCUGUACUCAGAGGUCUGGCAUAUCUUCGGGAGAAGCACCAAAUAAUGCACAGAGACGUAAAGCCCUCCAACAUCCUGGUGAACUCGCGUGGUGAGAUCAAACUGUGCGACUUUGGCGUGAGUGGCCAGCUCAUCGACUCCAUGGCCAACUCCUUCGUUGGAACACGGUCGUACAUGUCGCCGGAGAGACUCCAGGGCACGCACUAUUCGGUUCAGUCAGACGUGUGGAGCAUGGGCCUAUCGCUGGUUGAGCUGGCUAUUGGACGCUACCCCAUCCCCCCUCCCGAUGCCAAGGAACUGGAGGCCAUAUUUGGCCGGCCAGUGCUGGACGCAGGAGGGGCAGAAGGCCACAGCAUGUCUCCGAGACCCAGGCCUCCAGGACGACCGGUCAGCGGACACGGAUUGGACAGCAGGCCAGCCAUGGCUAUAUUUGAGCUACUGGACUACAUUGUCAAUGAGCCACCACCCAAGCUGCCCCAUGGCGUCUUCACCAUGGACUUUGAGGAAUUUGUGACAAAAUGCCUCAUUAAGAACCCUGCUGACAGAGCUGACCUCAAGAUGCUAAUGGGCCACACGUUCAUCAAGCGGGCCGAGGUUGAGGAGGUGGAUUUUGCUGGAUGGUUGUGUAAAACCAUGGGCCUUCACCAGCCCAGCACACCCACUCAUAGCGCUGAAUGAACGCUUGCUCACAGCGUAGGCACCCAUGCCAUCCUCAUCCUCCGCUUUACUUCUUUCCUCUGCUCUCACAGGCCUGUAUGCUUGUAAGCCUCCAACACACCGCUGUGCACUCUUUUUGCCGUUCUCUGCUUGCUCUUCCCUUCCGCUGCAGUGCGUUCUGGGGGCAUUGUUUUUUAAGAGCCACUGGUGUUGGAACAGUUAGUCAUUUGAAUGAAUAUGGAAGUAGUAGUCACUGAAGUAGAGUGGCUGUAUUUUUUUUAACCACCAGAUUAUUCAGGAAUGUGUCCAAAAUGGUAAAAAUCAACAGCAAUUUCAUUAGUUUUAUGUUUUUGUUUUCUUUUCAUGGUUUAUUAAUUCAUUGUUAAUUUUUGUUGCUAAAGUUAUAUUCAUUGGCAGUUAGCGUUACACUGUUAAAAUGGAUAGCAUGGUUCAAUAGCAAAUUUAAUUAUAAAUCAACUGCCAUUUUCUUCUAAUGAAAGAAAGAAAAGAGGGCUACUAUGGAUCAUACCGGUUGGUUUAUUAAAAAGGUGAUUAUUAAAAAUGCAAGAUGGCCAAAGCGCCCAAGUGCAUAUGUACAGGUGUUUAUCUUGUGCAUUGCAGGUCGCAGUGCUAGUGCAUGGCCAAGUAAUCCAUCACGCCAACCAGUGGCCUUGCCGUAAGUUUGCACACAUUAACAGAUAAAAGAAACAUAAGGUUAAUUAGAGAUCCUAUAUCAGACACCCCUUUGGGAGGAUGUGCAAAAACUUAAAACAUACUUGAAAAUAUGUAUACACCUGCGACACCUUUUAAUCUGCUUAACACUGGCCCUCAAAAUGGUUUCAUUAUUUCUUUCUACAGCAAGGCUUGUUUAACUCAUUUGUCACCAGUGCUUGAACGGUUUUCUCAAAUCAUGAUUUAUUUUACUUAAAAUGAUCUUCAGAAGGGUAUAUUUGGGAAGAAUGAUUGUCUAUAACUUAUGCUUCAUUUUUUUUAUUUUUUUUUUUUUUUUUUAUAAAACCUAAAAUGUUUCUUUUGAUUUCAAGUUUAAGUACAAUUAGGGUUGCACCUAACUUUACAGUGCUUUUCCAUUAGCCCUACUCCAACCAAGACCACAACAGGUACACUCAUAGUCUGUUCUUCAGUGGUAUAUAUAAAGUGCAAAGUAAAGUCUCAGGCCACCAUGUACAGUGCUAUGCAGAUCAAAUGAACCUCAGCAGAUAUUGCCGUAUUAGUAGGUCUUAUAAAUACACGGGUGUUACAGAUGGGCAUUGUGAAGUGUGGCUAAAGCCCACUUGCUCUAAAUAGCUUUGUUUCUGUUUUUCUCUCUAUUAAUUUUCAGUAACUGUAUUAUUUACACACUGGCAUUCAGCUCAGACCAAGUGAAUGCCUCGCCACACUUGUGUGUAUAAAAAUAUUUGUACAGUACAAACGGUACUGAUUUCAGUCUUAAAAAUAACAUUUUAUUUUGUUCUUUUGACUAGUUUAAAGAAGAGGAUAUAAGUCAUUUUAUUACCAUAUGGAAUGUGUUGAAUACAGUUCUAAUAUAAAAAUAAAACUUAUUUGUGAAUGAUUA